AUGUCGUCCCCCGCGCUGGACGACGCAUCGCGCCCCGACGCCGACCAACUCUCCACGCGCAGCUCAGUCUACGCCUCAGACAGCGACAGCGACUCCAUCGCCGAAAUCCGCGAACGAAGACGCAAAGAAAAACAUGCUAUCCGGCUGACCGCCUUCGUAUCGGCGAACAUCAUCGCCCUCGCAUGUGGCUCCAUCGUCGUCUUCUCCCUCUAUGCGCCGCUUUUGCAAUCUCGUCUGCACUACACUCAGUUCCAGGUCAACGCUGUCGCUAUCGCUGGCUCUGUCGCGCUCUACCUGCCUAUUUCGCUCAUCGGAUAUAUCUGCGAUCGCGUCGGUCUUAAGCCGCUGGCUCUCACGGGAGGAAUCCUGUUUGGCACUGGAUAUGGCCUCGCGGCCGGCGUGUAUAGAAAGCUGGAUCUCGAAUUCCGCAGUCAUCCGCACCAUCGAGUCAAUGGCGACUGGUCGCUCCCCUUCAUGAUGUUCGCGUUUGUCUGCGUCGGUAUCGCGACCUGCUCUCUAUACAUGGCCGCCGUUUCGUCAUGCGCAAAGAACUUUGGAAAAGGGCGAUACCGAGGUCUGGCGCUCGCUACUCCGAUUACUUGUUUCGGCUUGAGUCCCAUGUGGCUGAGUCAAGCGGGGACCCGUCUGUUCUCUGAGACACGAGCAGACGGAUCCAAGGGUGACCUGGAUGUGUUCCGUUUCUUCAUCUUCCUCGCGGUCCUCACGGCCGCCAUGGGCCUUCUCGGGACAUUCACGCUGCGGGUUGUUGACGAGGACGACCUCAUCGACGAGGCGAUCGAGGAGCUGGAGCAGAGCGGGCUGCUCGACGGCAGCUCCCUGCUCGAGCGGAGCUACGGUACGGUCGGCGAGGAUACGGAGAACUCAGCGCUGCUUGACCCGUCGAAAGACACGGCCAAGUGGAAGAAGAACUGGGUUCUCAACGCUGAAACGCGUUCGUUCCUGGCUGAUCGGACCAUGUGGCCAUUUGCUCUGGCGUUCCUUCUGAUCGUCGGACCAGGCGAGGCUUUUAUUAAUAACCUCGGAACAAUUAUUGGUACACUUACACCACCCGAGAUGGAGGGUUUGAGUCACCGCACCUCAGCGGCGACGCACGUGUCUAUCUUUGGUGUGACCAACACCGCGUCACGUAUAUUCAUUGGGACUCUAACUGACUUGCUGGCUCCGUAUCCCCAAACACAACAUGUCCAAGGGCCACAGACCCGCUCUGCAGUGAGCAGUCGAUUCUCCAUCUCCCGAGUAGCAUUCAUGGCGUUUUUCGCAUUUCUUCUUUCUCUGGGACUUUUGAUCCUGUCAUCUGGUCUAGUCCAGAACCAUGCCGAGCGCUUCUGGCUUGUCUCAGGCCUUGUCGGUGCCGGCUACGGAGCAAUCUUCAGCCUCACACCUCUAAUCGUGACGAUCAUCUGGGGCGUGGAGAAUUUUGCUACCAACUACGGCCUCAUCGGCAUGCUUCCUGCGGCUGGAUCGACCUUUUGGGGUCUCAUCUACUCGGCGACGUAUCAGAACGGAGCCAACAACUCAAAGGCUGCCCCCGAGGAUGGAGAGCAGGGUGAUUUGUUCUGCUAUGGUGCGCAGUGCUAUGCUCCGACGUACUGGGCUGAGACAGUCACGGUGUGGAUUGCGGUGGGAUUGUUGAUCUGGGCUUGGAAGGGCAGAGGAGGAUGGGCCCAACGUGGAAUUGUCAUUUAG